AUGGCGUGCCGUGCACGAAGUCGUAGGCGAUGCAUACCAGAAUGUCCGUAUACACGUUUUCGGCUGCCCCAGCCCGAGGUCAUACCAAAUCGUGCUGAACUAAAUGUGAAAAAGAAGAUAAAAACAUCAGAAAAGCCAGUUGUGAUACGUUGGUGGUCAAGAGACUACCUCAUUAUGCCACCCAAAUACCUAUUCGAUCUCAGGGCGGCUGGGUGGACACAGUUGCACUUCUUCCGAAAUAUCAGCGAUGCUCUAUUCUUGUACAAGACAGUAGACGACUUAUAUACGUCUCCAGUAGCAGAGAGAAUGGUGAAUGUCGUCAAGAAAGGGUUAAAUCCUCGUUUGCCCUAUCUAACCCCGGGUUUAAUGGAGGAAAUCGAGUACGGAUUUGAACAAGAGCUUAAGAACGGGAAAGAAACCUCUCGUGGGACCGAGGUACCCGCCAUGCGAUUUUUCAGCAACAUCGUACACCGGAGCGCGACCAGACUCAUGAUUGGACCUGAGCUAUGCCGUAAUGAGAAGUUCCUGGAAGAAACAACCGCCUUGCUGGAGUCCAUCUUCUUCACAGCUAUUGUGAUCGUGAAUCUUCCCCUCGGCCCCUUCCGCAAUGCCUUGAUUGGCCUCUUCACGCUUCCGCACAAAUGGAGACUGCAACGCUGCGUCAAAAUGCUCCAGCCAGUUGUUGAAGCCCGACUCUCGGUACGAAACUUGGAAACAUCCCAAACAAGCAAGCAUACCGUGGGCGAUGCUAUAGAUUGGACUCUUGACCUUGUAAACGAUGAGACACCUUACAACACCCCGAAAAGGCUCGCCUAUGAGCUCCUUCACAACCUCUGGGCUGCGUCGUCGGCCCCAGGUGGUAUGAUGACGGAGGUUGUCUAUCAGCUACUUGCGUAUCCUGAGUACGUGGAUCUUAUGAGGAAAGAAGCGGAAGUAGCGGUUAAAGAACAUGGUUGGACCGAGAAGAUGCUGGCAAAUCUCCAUCUACAAGAUAGCUUCAUUCGAGAAGUCAACCGUCUACUCCCCACAGGCGCCAUUACCUGUUCCCGCACUGUGACUACAGCCCCAUUCACCUUUUCAGAUGGCCUCACCCUUCCCGUCGGAACACGCUUCGGCUUUCCCAUUAAAGCCAUGCAAUCCGACCCCGACCUGAUUCCCGCUCCGGAGAGCUUCAAUCCCUUUCGUUUUGCGCAGAGCUCCUCGUCCGAAACGCACCUUGCGGAAGAGAGUCGACGCUGGUCUUCCACGUCUAUGUCGACGACCAAUCUCGCCUGGGGCUACGGGAAUCACAUGUGUCCUGGUCGCUUCUUUGCUGUACGUGAGCUCAAGUUCAUUCUUACCAAGAUGUUGAUCGAGUACGAGAUUGGGUGGGACAGGGAGAAAAGGGACGGUAGGCCGAAACCAAUCACGGUUGAAGGACAAUUUGUGCCGAAUAUGAAGCAGAAAGUGUUUCUGAGGCGAAGAGAUGUGUAUUGAAGAAGAGUUCUGCAAGGAAAGUCAAAGAUAUGCUGUCAGUAGACGUGUUAGAAGAGGUUAGUAGGAGUAUUGGGUUUUACAAUUGAUGUCUGCGCCUGUAUCGACGAGCUCUUUCACGAUUUCCACAUGGCCACCUCUGACAGCACAAUGUAAUGGGGUAUAUUUGAGGCUGUUCUGCCUAUCCAGUGCUUCGGGGUAAUGCCGAUAAGCUUGGAUUAAUUCAGAAGCUAUUUUUC